UUUCCCAAAAGCCACCAGUCAUCCACCCAUCAUAAGAUCAGAUAGAGAAUUGAUGGCUUCUUCCUCCUCUCUCCUUCUCUCUCAACACCUCCUCCUCCCUCCCUCUCUCUCCCACCACAGAUUUCGCCUCUUUCCCGAUCUUCCCUCAACUUCUUCCCAACUUACCCUUCGUGUCCCAAAUCUACACCACAAGCUCCAAUCCCGCCUAAUUUCUUCAAAACCCCUCCGAGGAAAACCCUUCUCUGCCUCGGCAUCUUCUUCCUCCUCCCAAAUCCCUUCCUCUCCCUUACACGCCUUAAUCUUCGAUUGCGAUGGCGUAAUCCUCGAGUCCGAGCACCUCCACAGGACCGCUUACAACGACGCCUUUGCACAUUUCGACGUCAGAUGCCCUCCAUCAUCCUCGCAGCCCCUCAAUUGGGGCUUGGAAUUCUACGACGUGCUCCAGAAUCAAAUUGGCGGCGGCAAACCCAAGAUGAGAUGGUACUUUUCGGAGAACGGGUGGCCUUCUUCUUCAAUCUUUGGAGCACCUCCAGCUGAGGAUUCGGACCGAGCGAAGCUGAUCGACAUGAUUCAAGAUUGGAAGACGGAAAGGUACAAAGAAAUUAUCAAAUCAGGAACUGUGGAGCCCAGACCCGGAGUUCUAAGAUUGAUGGAUGAGGCCAAGGCUGCAGGAAUUAAAGUUGCUGUUUGCUCUGCUGCAACUAAAAGUUCAGUUAUACUCUGUCUUGAAAAUCUUAUAGGGAUUGAACGCUUCCAGAGUCUUGAUUGCUUUCUUGCAGGUGAUGAUGUGAAGGAAAAGAAGCCUGAUCCAUCAAUUUAUUUAACAGCUUUAAAGAAACUAGGUGUGCUGGUAAAAAAUUGUUUGGUGGUUGAGGAUAGUGUUAUUGGGCUACAGGCAGCAACAAAAGCGGGGAUGUCAUGUGUUGUAACUUAUACAUCUUCAACUGCUAACCAGGACUUCAAAGAUGCGAUUGCAGUCUAUCCUGACUUGAGUAAUGUGAGCUUGGAGGACCUUGAACUGUUGCUUCAAAAUGUUGUGGCUGCCAAUUAGAUGAACGUAUCACAUCCUCCAGGAUCCACAUUAAAUGCAACUUCUCAUUUGGGCUACCACUGGGUUGGUUCGAUUGUUGUUGUAGUUGGAAUUCAGUCCCAUGCAUCAUUUUUCCAUUGUAUUUUUCAGUUCAAUCAAUUCAACAGAAAAAUUAGAAUUGAAUGGUCUGUAAAUUUUUUACUUAUUUUUGAUAUACCAUGGUGAAUAUAUAAGAAUUCGAUUUGAUAUUCA